AUGGACCCCGAAGCCGCGCUCCCGAGCAUCGUGGACUCUGCCUCUGGCGCGCUCCGCAGCAGGGCGAUGGUGCCGUCGGCGAUGCUCACGGCCGGCGUAUUCCAUGCUGUGGCGGUGCUCGCGCUCCUCUUCUCCAAGACUCCGGAAGGUAUCUUCUCCCACCACGGCAAGGCGGCCGUUUUCGUGUACUACAUCGUCCUCGUUGCCGGGGCGAUCAUCGGCUCCACGACGGCCUCUGCUUCAUUCUGGGUUGCACGCCGCCUGGACUGCCGGCAUGCCAUUGGCAUGGCGCUGCUCCGUGCUUCGACACUCACGCUGAUACCUGUGUUCGGGAUACUCGCCGGAUUCGUCAUGCUCAGAAAGUAG